AUGAUGGUUGUUUGGGGUUUCGCCUCAGCAGCGACUCUUGCUGACAAUACCCGCUUCACUACACUCGGCUACUCAUUCGUCGCCUUGACGCAAUGUUCAGAUGGGACACGUGGCUCUGAUCUUUUGGAGAUGCACUCAGUUUACAACAAUUGCCCAACAAUGAUGAGCAGUGACGGAUACUGUGAACGAUCCGGCGUUCAACUCAUCAACGAUCACAAGCAGUCAACGGCUGGAAAU